UGAGCCACACCAGCCGGCCUGUUUUCUUAUUGACGACCGGCAGCCCUGCUUUCUCGGUGACAGAGGACUUGUCACGUGACGGUGCUGUCCUCUCGCCCACGGCAGAGCUGGGGUCCUGGAGCAGGGGGUCCGCCCUGGACACUGGGAAGAGCGAGCUUUGGGCGGGAACUGAUGCGUGGGAACCCUCCCUCCGCAGGCCCGCGAGGUGUGCGAUGUACCUAACGAAGAAGGACGCCAUGAGCCUGCUGUGCUCCCUCUCGGAGGCGAAGAAGAUGAAGGUGGCCGUCAUGUAUCGGCGAACCAUGGGGUUCGCUGGCUCCGGGGCCUUACUCGGGGCCAUGGUCGGAGGCCCGCCGGGACUGGCUGUUGGGAGCGUUCUCGGGGGGCUCUUAGGGUCCUUGUCGUGGAGCACGGAGUUUAAGCCGGUCAGUCAUAUCCUCAAGGGGCUGCCGCCUCCGGAGCAGGAGAAGCUCUGCAACCACGUCGUGGCCAAAAUCGGGAACCUGCAGUGGAGGGACGUCCAGCACCUGACCAAGCUGGUCAUGGGCAGCGAGGCCCUGCAGGAGCAGCUGCUGAAGCUGCUCGAGGGCUACGUCAACAAGGAGCUGAGGACCUCAGUGCAGUACGGCGACUAGGCUCGGGCGGGGGCCUAACCUGGGGAGGCCUGCGGGGGGCGGGGGGCUGUGCUGGGUCCUGUUCUGGAAAGUGAAGGUGAAAGAGAAUAAAACGGGCCGAGAGAA